AUAAAAUAAAGGUUCUUUUAGCGUUUUCUCGUUCCCGCUUACUUCACUGCGACUACAACGAAGAGUCGUUUUCACUAAAAAUUGUGCCGCCAUGAACAACCGCCGUGGAGUAACAACCGCCGUAUCGAAGCGUCGUCCAGUGAUUCACGUGUUACCAGACGAGACAGCGAUACGAGUAGUCUGCCACGCGUCAGUAAUCGGUGGUAUAAUCGGUUCAAACGGUUACGUUGUUUCAAAACUCCGGCGUGAAACCGGUACUAAAAUCCAUUGCGAGUCUCCAGUUAACGGCUCCGACCACUGGGUUGUGUUCAUCGUUGGUUCAACCGCUGUUAACCAAAGUAUUCUAUUGACUGAUAGAGUCGGAGAAUUCUCCGGCGGUGAGCACGAAGAUUGGGUGACGUGUGAAGUGUCCGCCGCUCAGACGGCGUUGAUUAGGGUUUUGGAAAGAUCAUGGGUUGUUUUAGCCGCGAAAGAUGGCGGCGGAGUUGUUGAUGGUGAAGAUGAAGAAGCUUAUUGUGGGAUUUUGGCUGAUCGGAAUCAGAUUGGUGCUGUUUUGGGUUUGGGUGGGAAAAAUGUUGAGUGGAUGCGGAGAAAUUCCGGUGCCAUGAUUAGGGUUUUGCCUCCUCCGAUUUGCGGCACUAAGAAUGAUGAACUCAUUCAGAUUACUGGUGAUGUUUUGGCUGUGAAGAAGGCACUAGUUAUGGUAUCGAGUUAUAUUCAAAAUAAUGCACCUCUCAAUGGGUAUCCACCGCCGCUUAGCAUCAAAGGUUAUGAGUCAUUAUCAACUGAUGGGAACUCAGAGGAUCCACAUUCUGAGUUUUUCCCAAAUUUGCGUUCUUCUUCGUUGUCAAAUGCUACAGAAAUUGUUGCAUCCAAUAGACAUUUACCGUAUGAUGGUGGAAAUAGUACAGAACGAAAAGUUGUGUUCAAGAUAAUCUUUACUAGUGUUGUAGCUGGAGGUAUUAUUGGGAAACAAGGAACUAUUAUUAGAGCUCUGCAGAAUGAAACAGGUGCUUCUAUUUCUGUUGGAGCUCCAUUGAAAGUAUCUGGUGAACGAGUUGUUACUGUUUCUGCACGUGAGAACCUCGAGUCACGGUACUCUCAUGCACAAAAUGCUCUGGCUCUUGUCUUUGCAAGAUCUGUUGAGAUUGAUGUUGAGAAAGGUCUGCGUCCGGGAUUGCACAAUGGUGCCAUAGUGAAAACUAAGUUGUUGGUACCAUCACAUUUUGCUAAUAGCUUCAAUGGAAACGGAAACAGAGAAGCAAUCAUAGCAACUGGUGCUGAUGUACACAUUUCAGUAGGCAACCAGGUUUUAGAGUGGAUCUCAGAAAAUGAAGUGGUGAUUGAGAUUAAGGGAGAGUAUAGUCAUGUACAGAAGGCCUUGACUCAUGUUUCGUCUAAAUUACGGGAAAAUCUAUUGCCAAAGAAGGUCCUCGGAGAAAUGAGAGCUAGAGUUAGUAAUCCAUAUGAAAGUGCAGGAGGAAGAAGCCAGAUUUAUAAUCUGCAACCAUCACAACAAGAUGCAAGCAGGGGUGAUUCUCUCUCGGUAUCAGCUGCUGUACCAGACUUGAAGAUGGUUAGAAGCGGUGCAGAAGUAUUGAAAUCAAAUUCUGUAAUGCACACCGAGGUCCUUAAAGAGGUGGAUGAACUCAACGACUUUACACUUCCACAAAGUUUGCUGGAGGAAGACUUGACACAAGGAAUGAAACAACUUCAAAUGUCUAGCAAUGGAGACGUCUCUUCUUUACCACCACGAAGUAAAGGUGUAUCUGUGAGAAAAAUUACCUUGGAGUUAGCAGUUGAGAAAGAUGCUCUUGGUUCACUCUAUGGCAGAGAUGGCACCGGUGUGGAUAAUCUACAACAGAUUUCAGGAGCCAAUGUGGAUGUGAAGGAUCCUACAGGAACUGAAGCUACAGUCUUAAUCUCUGGGAAUCCUGAGCAAGCCCGCACAGCGAUGUCUUUGAUCGAGUCAAUCCUUACUGAUCAAUAAAUGAUUGCGUUUUGCAACUACUUUUGGUUGUUUCGUUUUGAGUUUACAUAUCCCAAAACUCCAUCCAUUUUUUGUGACUGGUUUUGAAAACUAGCACUUGUUGCAGUGUUGUCUAGAAGAAUACAACAUUUUGCCGGUUUACCAAUACUGGUUUACGAAUACCGGAAUCAACGACAG